AUGCCUAAGCAACUCCAAAAGUCUCUUCAAGGUUACCUCUCAAAGAUCAAAAAGCAACCAAUCCCUCAUAUCAAUUUGCCAUCAAAACAUCUCUCAUCUUCUGCUAGUUGGAUUCUACAAAAGUGCAAGCACCCCAAGACCCCAUCUUUUUCCAUUGAUAAAAAACAAACCGAAGACCACCGCGAAAAUGAUCAUGGUGCAGCAACAGUUUCAGCUACACUCUCUGAUAUUGACCGGUUUUUGCAUGAGAAUUUCAAGUCACUGUAUCCGAAGAACGACGUUGACGAUGAGGAAGAAGAUGGUCAUGGUGAUGAAGAAUCGGGUGGGUUUUUGUUCGACUCGCCUAGGUUUAUUGAUCCACCACCGGAUCUCUGUCACUCUCACCGGUUUUUCGUACCAUCCAACUCAUCAAGAUCACUCGUAGAGGGAACCGGAACAAGCACAACCAUGUCCGAGGCCAUGGGGUCAAGCUCCACCACCUCAAGUUUUCCCCAAAAUGAUGCAACAUGUGAUGGUGCUGAUGUUAAUGAAGUAAAGGGUUUUGAUGACUUCAUUUCUGUGUUAACCUACUCUACGAGUCCAUGCCACGAUUUUCGACUCUCCAUGCAGGAGAUGAUUGAAGCAAGAUUGGACCAGCAUGGAAAGGUUGAUUGGGAAUUCAUGGAAGAGCUUUUGUUUUGUUACUUCAACUUGAAUCACAAGAAGUCACACAAGUAUAUAAUAAGUGCUUUCGUCGACCUGGUCAUCGUUUUACGUGCAAACUCCGGUGAACUUCCGGUGAGAUUGCGUCAACUGCGAUCCACAGGCGAAAGGAGGAAGAAAAGGGAAGUUGCAACGCGUGAGAUUUGA